GAAGGGAGCCGGGAUCAGCCAGGGGCCAGCAUGAGCCGGAGGGAGGGAAGUCUGGACCCCCAGGCUGAUUCCUCAGUCUCACUUCUUCCCCACUUGGAGGCCAAGAUCCGUCAGACACACAGCCUUGCGCACCUCCUCACCAAAUACGCUGAGCAGCUGCUCCAGGAAUAUGUGCAGCUCCAGGGAGACCCCUUCGGGCUGCCCAGCUUCUCGCCGCCGCGGCUGCCGGUGGCCGGCCUGAGCGCCCCGGCCCCGAGCCACGCGGGGCUGCCAGUGCACGAGCGGCUGCGGCUGGACGCGGCGGCGCUGGCCGCGCUGCCCCCGCUGCUGGACGCAGUGUGCCGCCGCCAGGCCGAGCUGAACCCGCGCGCGCCGCGCCUGCUGCGCCGCCUGGAGGACGCGGCGCGCCAGGCCCGGGCCCUGGGCGCCGCCGUGGAAGCCUUGCUGGCCGCGCUGGGCGCCGCCAACCGCGGGCCCCGGGCCGAGCCCCCCGCCGCCGCCGCCUCUGCCGCCUCCGCCACCGGGGUCUUCCCCGCCAAGGUGCUGGGGCUCCGCGUUUGCGGCCUCUACCGCGAGUGGCUGAGCCGCACCGAGGGCGACCUGGGCCAGCUGCUGCCCGGGGGCUCGGCCUGAGCGCCACGGGGCAGCUCGCGCCGCCUCCUCCCGCUGGGCUCCGUCUCUCCUUCCGCUUCUUUGUCUUUCUCUGCCGCUGUCGCUGUCGGUGUCUGUCUGUCUGCUCUUAGCUGUCUCCAUUGCCUCGGCCUUCUUUGCUUUUUGUGGGGGAGAGGGGAGGGGACGGGCAGGGUCUCUGUCGCCCAGGCUGGAGUGCAGUGGCGCGAUCCCAGCACUGCAGCCUCAACCUCCUGGGCUCAAGCCAUCCUCCCGCCUCAGCUUCCCCAGCAGCUGGGACUACAGGCACGCGCCACCACAGCCGGCUAAUUUUUUACUUAAUUUUUUGUAGAGACGAGGUUUCACCAUGUUGCCCAGGCUGGUCUUGAACUCCUGGGCUCAAGCGAUCCUCCCGCUUCAGCCUCCCUAAGUGCUGGGAUUGCAGGCGUGAGCCACUGUCCCAGCCUCUCUUUGCUUUGCCUGCCCCGUUCUCUUAAGUCUUGGACCCUCCUCGUCUGCAUGGUAACUCUGUCUGAGUCUACCAUUUUCUUGCUCUCUCCUUCCUUGGGCCUGCCUCAGUUCCCUUUGGCCUCCCCCUUUACCCAGCUCUUGGGGUGUCUCUGUUUUUUCCAUCCCCGCUUCCUGCCUCCUCAUGGCCCUGUGUGAGCGCAUGUGUACAUCUCAGCCUCAUCUCAAGGAGGUGACACCUUCUCUCCUUGUCCCCGUCUGGCUAUCUGUGCUUCCCUGGCCAGGGGCGUGCCUGCUGGUCCUAUGGGGGGAAGGCUACUCCGCAUCUCAGCCACCUUCCUCAGGCUCACUCCACCCACAUCCCCAGUCUUCCACACGCCAUCCCUUUGGGCCUCAGCCCUGUCCCUUUGAUGUCUUCCUUUCCUUCAGCCCCUCUGCCCUGUCCCUGCACGCCUCCACUGCCUCCCACCAGAUCUGUGGAGACAAAACAAGCAACACCUUAAAAGAGUUUUAUUUCUGAAAAUAAAUUAAUGUUUUGUAAAUAAAAUGUUUAAAAAUAAAAAAGAAACUAAAGUUA